AUGCCAGACAGUCAAGACACAAUCUGGACACAGUCGUGCAUUAGGAAUGUGGAGGCCCGUAAAAUUAUCGAAGGAUCAAAAGAGGAUAUUCGACGACGUCUAUUUGAACUGGGUCAAGUCCUUGAGGGACAGAAGGAGUCGAGAACCCUUGGUGAAUAUUUCAAAGGUGUGAGUGCCGACCUGGUUAGGGACAGGACUUUGAACUUCGAUGAUUUUCAGCAAUACUGGUCUCGUCACAAACGGCGUGCUGCUUUAAGGGAUGUGAAAAGGCGAACCUCAACACGCGACCGACAUGCUCGGGACGACAAUACAUCCAGACAAUUUGAAGACGAGAGCGAUAUUGAUGAGAUACUUUCCAUCACAGAUACUUGGGAUGUGCGAUCAGAUGAGCUGGAGGCAUUGAAGGAUGAUGUUCGGCAAUGUCUGGAUCAGGAUCGAGACUUCUUCAAGCUUUCGGAGGCAUCUACGUAA